UGAACCGCAUUAUAAACAAAAGUACAUUCAAAAUUGAUGUACAAUUAAAGAGAAACGGAAAUGCAUAAAAAUCGUAUCGACGGUCGCCGACUGGCGCAAAAUAUUGGAGAGCAAGUGAUUCUACUUGGAACCGUUGGAAAAAAAAGUUCUAACGGUAAGAAUAUAGAAUUGAAAACAACAGAUGGCGUACAAGUUAACGUAACUUUACCAGAACCUAUCGACGGCAAUGCCGACGGUUACAUAGAAGUUCACGGGACUGUGCAUUCAAAGUCCACGAUGGCUUGUAGUAACUAUAUAUUGUUCCCGGCCAGCAUGACAGAAAAUUUCGAUCCCGAACAGUAUAACGAAAUGAUGGUUAUAUUGAACGUAUUAGGACCAAAAAAAUGGAGAAUGUACGAAGGCGACGAAGGAGUAUAAAUCACAGCGAAGAUAACUUGCAAAAUCUUUUUACAAGAGCACUGUUAUUAUUAUGUACACGUCUAAUAGUAAAUUAUUUUUGUCAUAAUAAACUUCUGUAACACCG